AUAAACAUAUGAUAUGUUUUUAAUUUCUAUAUAAUUGUAAUUAUUGUUUGUUUUGAUUUACUUAACAUUUUGUCAAUAAUAAUACAUUUUAUAUAAUGUUAUCAUUAAAUAAAAGAGUGCUGAUCACUGCUAAUCAAUUGGUGAACAAAUAUAGCUCAAGACAAAGCCAUGACAUCCGCACCGGUAUAUUGAUGUUGAAUAUGGGCGGACCCGACACUCUCGAUGAAGUACAACCAUUCCUGACGCGAUUGUUUACCGACAAAGAUAUCAUACCAUUGCCAGCACAAAGUAAAUUGGGUCCACUUAUAGCCAAAAGGCGGACACCAAAGAUUCAAGAAAAGUACGGCCAAAUAGGUGGCGGAUCACCAAUCAAACAGUGGACAGAAAAACAAGGAUUACUUUUGACUAAAAUGUUAGAUGAGAUAAGUCCGGACUCAGCGCCGCAUAAGUUUUACGUUGGCUUUCGGUACGCAAAGCCAUUGACUGAAGAAGCGAUUGAAACAAUGGAAAGAGAUGGAGUCAAGAAUGCCAUAGCUUUCUGUCAAUACGCGCAAUACUCUUGCAGUACAUCUGGCAGUAGUAUCAAUGCCAUUGCCAGACACUAUAUAUCAAGUAUCGGUGCCACGAGUUCGCCAUCAAUGCGUUGGUCUUUUAUCGAUCGAUGGCCAACAAAUGCCGGUCUCAUUGAAGCAUUUGCAGAUCUGAUCCAAAAGGAAAUGCUUGAGUUUCCUGAAGACAAACGCAACAAAACAGUACUACUUUUCUCUGCACACGCCCUCCCUCUCAGUGCCGUCAAUAAGGGAGAUACCUAUCCUGCAGAAGUGGGCGCUACAGUACUUAAAGUUAUGGAAUUACUUAACUUUAAAUAUCCCUAUCGAUUGGUCUGGCAGUCAAAGGUGGGCCCCAUGUCAUGGCUCGCACCGCAAACUGAUGAGGCAUUAAAGGGUUUUGCUGAAAAAGGUUAUAAAAAUUUUCUAUUAAUACCGAUUGCAUUUGUUAACGAACACAUCGAAACACUACACGAAUUAGACAUUGAAUACGGACAGGAAUUAGCUGAAGAGUUAAAGUUAGAAACUGUUAGGCGCUGUCCAGCACCUAAUAUCCAUCCAGCGUUUAUAAGAGGAAUGGCAUCUUUAGUUAAGUCACAUAUAGAAUCGGGUGAAAUAUGUUCACCACAAUUGAUGCUCCCGUGUCCGCUCUGCACCAAACAGGUUUGCUAUAAUACCAGACAAUGGCUCACAACUAUCAAAAAAUCUCAAAUUUAG